AUGCAGGCAAGCGCAGCAACACUCUCAUCCUCGCCCGCGUUCGGCACUCCAGUCCACCCAUUUCCAGCCAACGAUGGACGACGGCCACUACCUCCACCUGCAUUCAAACCUGCGAUUGCCACAAUCCUUCCGAUACUGCUUCCGCCUCCUACACUUCGACCGCUUGCCUUUCGUACCUUCACCAAGAAACACAACCUCACACUCACAUCCUCGGCCUUGCAAGCACUUGCGAGCUUCAUAGGCCGACAUUGUGGAUCAGGAUGGAGGGAAGAGGGCCUGGGCGAAAAGGUCUUGGAAGAGGUCGCGCGCAUGUGGAAGGCUGCCGAUGGCGCGGCGAUUGUUGAGGAUGGCGAGAAGCUAAAGACUUUCCUUCAUACUCUCGAAGGAUGCAUGAGCGGUGGAAGAGUCCUUCCGGCCAAGACAGGUGCGAGUGGUCUGCGCUCGAGCGACUUGUCUCGACCACCACCGAGUUUAGAACGAGAAGGAAGUAGCUUCGGGCUGAGCGAGCUGCGAGUAGAUUCUCCCGCGCCGGUCGACGAGGAGCAAUUCGAGGACUGCAACAAGGAUCCAAGAUCCUGGCUCAAGGUCGUCUCGGCAUUUAGACAGCCUCGACUUACUUUCAAUAUCGACAAGAAACAUUUUCUGACAGUAGAGAAGCCUGUAACGCCUUUUCCUUCACCAUCACACAAAACAGCGCUCUUUCGCGAGCGGUACAACAUCAUCCACCAAAGACUUCAACGCAAUCCCGCAUUUCAAGCCCCAUCCCUAAGUACGGGACAUGCGCCUCUUCGGCGGACCGGUAGCGCCAUCACAGAGCAGCAAUUCUUCAAACUUACACCGAUCUCUAAUCUUCUCGGCCGAGGCGGCUCGACACAUCUCUUGCUGGGAAUGCUUGCCGUUGCACCCACAGGUACUUUAGCCAUCAACGACCUGAGCGGAAGCAUCAGUCUGAACUUGCAGCAUGCGACCUCGAUGCAAGCCGAUGCGGAGCCUUAUUUCUGUCCAGGCAUGAUUGUUCUGGUAGAUGGAGUCUACGAGGAGGAUUGGGCAGGUGCAGGUUCGAGUGGCCUUGGCAAUACGCAGGGCGUUGGUGGUUCCAUUGGAGGUCGAUUCGUCGCGUUUCAAAUCGGCGUUCCCCCCGUGGAGCAGCGCAACUUAUCGCUCGGGAUCAAUGUUUCAGCAGGCGAUGUCGGGGGCGCUUUCGGUUGGACAGACUUUCUCGGUCAGGGUUCAGAGCGGUCGAUAGGCACACGGAUGCGCAAGAUUGAGAACAGAGUCAUCGGGCCGGAUGCAGCAUUGGGAAUUUCACGGCGAAGAAUGGUCAUGCUCGCGAGCGUCACGCUAGAUCAACCGACCACUCUGGCAGCUUUGCGCAAAAUACUGGAACAGUACUCUGCUGCGGAAAACUUGCCAUCAUCUUUCGUACUCAUGGGCGACUUCUCAUCCAAAGCUGCCAUGGCAGGCGCUGGCACCGGCUCCAUCGAAUACAAAGAGCUUUUCAACGAUCUCGCAGCGGUGCUGGCAGACUUUCCAUCCCUACUUCGAAGUUGCACAUGGGUGUUUGUUCCCGGCGACAAUGAUCCCUGGGCAUCAUCAUUUAGCGCAGGCGCUGGUACCAUCAUUCCGCGUGAAGGUAUUCCCGACCUUUUCACAAGUCGGAUCAAACGUGCCUUCGCCACAGCUAAAUCUGAAGCUGGACCGACAUCCAAGAAGGACGAAAUCGAUGGCGAGGCCAUUUGGACCAGCAAUCCUACACGACUGACUGUGUUUGGCCCAGCGCAUGAGAUUGUGGUAUUUCGGGACAAUAUCUCAGCGCGCUUCCGCCGCAAUGCCGUGCGCGUUGGCCAAUCUGUCACUGUAGACCCAGCAUCAACAAAUUCUGAACGCCGUCCAUCUCAGACUAAUGAUGAUGGAGACAUUGAGAUGUCCGGCGCUCUGCCUGAGCCCGCCGAUGAGUCCUUACACACCUCGAUCGAGAGAGAAGACCAAGACGGGACAGCGUCGUCCCGUCUCGCAGCUGCAAUCAAUACCGCCACUGCCGCUGAGAAUCUUGCCGUCCAGGCCGCCAAACGUUUGAUUUUAUCUGUACUUCCACAAUCAACCCUCUCUCCUUUCCCUCUAGCUACGCGUCCCGUCCACUGGGACCAUGGCCCUUCGGCUCUAUCACUUUACCCUCUUCCACAUACCCUGGUCCUAGCCGAUCCAGAGAUGCCGCAGUUCACUUUGACAUACGAAGGUUGCCAUGUGGUCAACCCGGGUCGACUGGUGGAAAGCGCAGGAUCUGGUCCUGGGAGGAGACGAACAAAGGCACAAUGGAUAGAGUACGAUAUCUACACGAAGAGAGGUGUCGGGCGGGAGGUGUGGGUAGGAUAG